AGAGAGUAUGGUGGUGUACAUAGUUCUGUGUGGAGUUGGAGAGGAAGGGAAGGGAAGGGAAGCUCCAGGUUCCAGGAACUCAGGGAAGGAAAGUCAGCCGGACUGUUCCGUGUUUAGACGGGUAACACCGAGCAGUUAGGAGGUCCAACAGCAAAGUGGGAGAAACAGAAGGACCGAGUGGGAGAAACAAAGAAACCGAGUGGGAGAAAAGGAGGAAAUAAAGCGGAGUUUAGUGCAGAACUGACUGAUUGUGCGGGAGAUCUGAUCUGUUCGGAGCGGAUAGAAAGUUGCGCUGCUGGUAAAACACGGACGGCUGGACUAUGAGUUUUGUGGAGAUCAAACCAGCAGAUCGUUUCAGCUAAAAUUUCGGGAUUUUUUGUUGUUGUUCCGGUGUUUGUUUAUUCGGGAUUUCCUACUGAGAGACCAUGCCUGCCAAAACCAAGUAUAAUCUAGUGGACGACGGGCAUGAUCUGCGGAUUCCUCUGCACAACGAGGAGGCAUUUCAGCAUGGCAUUAAUUUCGAAGCGAAGUACAUUGGCAGUCUGGACGUGGCGCGACCCAACAGCCGUGUGGAAAUUGUAGCUGCUAUGAGACGCAUCCGGUAUGAAUUUAAAGUGAAGAAUGUCAAGAAGAAGAAAGUCAACUUCAUGGUGUCUGUGGACGGGGUGAAGAUCGUACUGCGUAAGAAGAAAAAGAAAAAGGAAUGGACCUGGGAUGAAAGCAGGAUGCUGGUGAUGCAGGACCCCGUUUACAGAAUAUUUUACGUAUCACAUGAUUCGCAGGACCUGAAAAUCUUCAGUUACAUAGCCAGAGACGGGCAGACCAAUGUUUUCAGAUGCAAUGUCUUCAAAUCCAAGAAAAAGAGCCAGGCGAUGCGGAUCGUCCGAACUGUUGGUCAGGCGUUUGAGGUGUGUCACAAGUUGAGCCUGCAGCACACGCAGCAAAACGCAGACGGUCAGGAGGACACGGAGAUUCCCACAACCUGCACAGCGUCCGACCUGCAAGGUCGGGAGUUGACCGGAGCUGAGAAGACACUGGCGGAUGAGACAGAUAUCGAUGCAGAGGAGGUUCCUUUGCCCGACAGCACAAUAGAUGAUUUCAGCCGAGGUGUCACUGACUUGGACGCUGCUAAGAAAGAGGACGACGGUACAAAGGACAGAAAGCCGACAGAAGACAACUCCAUCCUGCUCUCCUCUCCGAAGAUGCUGCUUCCCUCAUGCAGUGAUUUGGCGGCCGGGACUCCGCUGUCCAUGCACCACCAGCUCCAGCUUCUACAGCAACAGCUCAACCAGCAGCAACAGCAAACCCAAGUGGCUGUAGCUCAGGUUCACCUAUUGAAGGAUCAGCUAUCUGCAGAGUCGAUGGCGAGGAUAGAGGCUCAGGCUCGUGUUCACCAACUACUGCUGCAGAAUAAAGAUCUGCUUCAGCACAUCUCACUGCUGGUCAAACAGAUCCAGGAACUGGAGCUCAAACUGGCUGGCAGUGGCUCUAUGGGAUCACAGGACAGCCUCCUGGAGAUCACAUUCCGAUCCAACGUUCCACCCAUCAUCUGCGACGUCACCACACCCCGCCCUGACGACCUGGUCCUGCCAUCGCUGAACGACGGCACCCAGCUCUCUCUGCCCCUGAGCAGUCCUCUAGUUGACCAAAGUAUGUUUGAGAACUCGAGUGCCGGUGAGCAGAUGAAGCAGGAAUCCAGACCCAGCUCUGGUCGCCGUGACCUUUCACCUCCAGCAGGACAGAAAGGCAGCACACCCCUGAAGAACCUGAGCAAAGCCGUGGGGGCAAAGAUGAACGAUCUGCUGCGCCGCAAAGAACCGGGAAGCCUGGGGGACAUCGGAGUCACCGAGGUCAACAAGAACGUGGAGGCGAUGUGGUCCAAUCACACUGUGGUGACUGCUAACAGUCACAUAUCUUUGGAAGCCUUCCCCCGCCUGGAUCCUCCACCUCCCACCAACAAGAAGCGUCUCCCACGUGCUUUAAAGACCACUCAGGAAAUGAUGAUUUCCUCUGAUCCUGUGGUGGCCUCUCCAGAUCUCUCAGACUCCUCCUUCGUGUCCUCCCCGGAAAAGAAUCGCCUCGUACCAGCCUCCAAAUCCCACAGACAGCCCGAAGAGCUGCCAGAGAAAACAUCAGAACCCGCUGAUACCCCUGAGGUCCAGAUGAACGAGGAGAAUCAGUCUGAGGUGGAAGAGCAGUCUGCUGAAACAGAUGAUGUGCAGAUAACAAACGACAUGAAGGACGGUGAUGGUGUGGAUGGAGACCAGUCUCAGCUGCUGCUGUCUGUUCCUGAUCUUAUCCACAAGGACGACUUGGAGCUGAAGCAGAAACUGAGUAGCUCUGAGAGCAGAACGGCUUCCACACCGUGUCCUGGGAAAGGAGACUGUCGGAUUAGCCUGAGCGAGGGCGAGCUAAUGCAGAACGGCUCAGUGGAGUACAAGAGAAACCCCAGCGGUGAGAAUGAUGAGCCUCAUCCAGACCUGCUCUCAUUUGAGUAAACUUGUGUCAGAUCAUUAUUCUUAUCCCAGUGUUCAUUAGAGGGCUUAUGAGUGGUUCAGCCGGAGAAAAACUAUAUGCAAAUAUAUAUAUAUAUACAGCUGGAGAAAAACAACAUAUUUAUGCUAGUCUAAUAACAACCAUGCAAUAUGAAUUUAUCCUUACAAUGUUUCUGUAAACCACUGUUUCUGUUUGCACUACUGUGUAUUAUUUGUGUAUUUUAUAAUC